CAGAUAGCUUCAAAAAAUACGAAGCCACACCAUGUUCAAGUUCGAUUUCCAGUUUGAGGAGGUAGACGACGAGCAGGUCCAGAUUCCGACCACAACCUUUGUCGCCUCGACACAAUCAUCUCAGGCGGAUGCUGGGACUUCGGCUUCUGCGAAAAAUGAUCGGGGCGUUGAUAGGAGCUGCCACCACCUGAGCUUAGAUGAAUUGAUCAAGACAUUACCUGACGCUAUUUCCUAUUCUCCUCUCUACCACCAAACCCUGUAUACGCCGCUUUUACGCCGAGAUUUGUUCGAUGCAAGAUUCCAGCUCAUCAACAGAGAAACUGAAGACGAAUCUAAAGAAAACGUGACCCCAGAAAAUGAAGAUGAAGAUGACUAUGUGGACGCCAAGACGGACUUGAUACCUGGCCUUUAUGAAGGAGGUUUAAAGACGUGGGAAGGUGGUGUAGAUCUCAUCGAAGUUUUGGCAAGGUCUUUGGCUGGAAACUCAACGGAAGAACAGAACAAAAACGUCGGUGAAUGGGUAAAGGGCGGCAAAGUACUAGAAGUUGGCUGUGGCACUUCACUCCCUACAGCCUUUCUACUUCGUUCUCUUUUGUCCCUUCCCACUUCUUCUACUCCCUCAAAAACAAUACUCCACCUUCAAGAUUACAAUCAUCUUGUCCUCUCCCUUGUCAGCCUUCCCAAUCUCAUACUUGCUGCUCUCCCUUAUCUCCCCCCUGAAGUGCUUCGUUUGGCAGAUGAAGGUGACGAGCCAAUAGAAACCGUUGUACCUGAUCUGGAAGAACCGGGAAACCUCAGUUUGAAUAAAGACCUUGUUGAGGCAUUCCAGAAGCUUUUGGAAGAGAGAGGCAUAGAGUUAAAAUUCACCUAUGGACACUGGGAAGGGUUGAGCAAAGAGUUGAAAGAAGAGAAGGAUGGUUAUGGACUGGUUUUGACCGCCGAAACAAUCUAUUCACAGGAUAGUACACCAGCUUUGAUCGAUGUUCUGCGAGAGGCAGUCGGGAAAUCUGGACCUAUUGAGCACAAGGUGGAUGUGGAACUCGAAAGCAGUUUAGAAGAUCUGAGGGUCAAGGAUGAUUGGGCAAAGCGACCUUUGAGAGAGGUAUCUAGCGGGCUUGUACUAGUCGCCGCCAAAGUCCUUUAUUUUGGAGUUGGUGGAGGUCUUCAGGCCUUCUUGCACGCCGCAGAGGCAAAUGGCGCCUACCAUUCUACUGUCAAGGAGUGGUCACAAGGUGUCGGGCGAAAGAUAGUGCAAGUCGGAUGGUAAUCAGAUGGAGUUGAAUAGGAUAGCCACAUGGUACAAUGCGUUACACUCAAUACACCUUCACCUUUUCGAAUAAUGUAAGCAUAAUCGAAAGCAAACAUUUCUCAGCCUAUC